GAAAAGCCCUAGGAAAAGAGCAAAGACCACCCGUUUUACGGUAGGGGAACGUAUACCGCGUCGCGAUCCGCUUCCAAGGCAAAAACGCCGGCACGCGACUGGGAAACUCCUUCGCAACUCGAAUGCGUCUCCGAAUACCAGUUGAUAAAACGAUUUCGGUGCGCGAACAUACCGAUUCAACAUGACGAAAACUUAGUAAAUUACGAUCAGUUUUCUUCAAUUUUUUUUUUUUCGUAUUUAAUUUCUUUCAAAGGCCGUUUUUGUUACAAGUGAUAUAUAAAUUUAAUAAGUAGUGUGUGGUUCGUUGAAAAUAAUGGAAAUUUUCGUGUUUUAAUUGCAAAAAAGUCGAAUCAAGAAUGCAAAUGCAAUGCGCGAACUCUUAAGUUUACGUGUUUUUGAAAUGAAAAUUUUUUCUAGUUUAACUACAGUGAAUGUAAACAUGUGAUUUUUGGUGAAAAUGUAAUGAGCAUUUAUUCCCAUCAUUUUACUCCUUGGAAAAGGAGUCCAACUUUGAGAUAAUAUUUUUUAUCGUGUAAUACACACAAGAUGGUAUCAGCAUCGGAAGGAAUGAUCUACUACUGUACAGUGUUCCUAACGGCGCUGGUAUUUCUAACCGAAGCGAGUGCCAUAACCACCAACUACGAAAAAUCACCAGCUCAAAACAAUAAAACCAACGAAUCACACGAAAUAUCGCCUCACCGUACCAAACUCACGCCAGCCAGAGGUCGAAGUAGUCUAUCCAAGAAUCAAAAUCAAGACCGAGUCAAUCCGCUAGUACUGAGCAAGCUGAAAUCGACUCAGAAAAUCGAACCCAUCACCGACGUUAAAUUAGAACCGGAACUUCUGGUUCCGAAAAAUUCGGGAGGCGAAAAUGACAUCAAAGAUAAAGGCGGAGGUAACACCGACGACGACGACAAAACGCUUUCCGAACAAGUAGCAGAUGGGAAAUACGGUCUGAUACAGCACGAGAUAUUUACUGAGAAACCGCAACGUCCGGGCAUCAUAAGCUACGACAUCAAUCCGGAGGUUCCCAAGGACAGCGUUAAUAAUCUCGGCGGUCUAGAGCCAGAAGAUAUUUGGCUAGCGGAAAACCACCUGUUGGUGCUGGCCGGUGGAGGUUUCAAUACUGGUAUGCAAACGCAAUGGAAACCUAUCGAUAACUACAUCGCACCUAAACGUCCCGUUAAACUUUCCGUUAAUCCCAAAGUUCCACCUCCGUUUCCGGUACAGCUCAGCGAAAACGGACCUAUCGAAUUUCUUAAACCAAUGAAUGGCGUUGGCGGUGCUCCUGGUCUAUCUUUCGUACCAUUUUUCAAUCCUUUGUCUACACCGUUAGCUGGUAUAGGUGGCAAUAAAACGCAAUCCUUUCCUCAACCUUUGUACGGUAAACUCCCCAAUUUCGCUCAAUACGGCCCGCCUGGAGUACCACAACUCAAACCAGGAUCUUUUCCACCAGCGCAGCCUCCUUCAUUGGCUAAACCUCCUCCUGGAUCAGAAUUCAUACCUCCUUAUCUCGGUAGCAAUAUCACGGAUGCUAUAGACGAAGACGAUCCAUCGUUAUACUAUCCUCCACCUUAUGAUUUCUUCUAUCCGGUCGACAACUCAUCUAAGGUACCUCCGGGUCCGUUGGUGCCUGGUAUUGUGUUACCUCCUCCUCCAGACUUCUUUACUCUGCUCACCAAUAAAACUGCAAAAUCCCAAAACUUUCCCGCCACUAGACCCAAACCACUGUACAAACCAACCUACCCAUAUAAAUCAGCCAAGCAACUCACCUACCCUCAAUUCAACGACGAAGAUUUGGCUCCCAAAGUCAAACCAGUUCCAUCAACUGAAAAACCCAAAGAGCAAACUACUUUCAUCAAUUACGACGAUAUCAUCAACGAGGUAACCUACCCAGACGCUAAACACGAUAAAAUAACAUACUCCGAUAUAAAAGUGAAUAAAGUUGGUACUGAUGAGAUCGAUGACUGGAUACCUAUUCCGGCUCCCAAACCUUUCUACAUCACCGGUGCGAGGAAACCAUCUCAGAAUACUUUGCUGGUAAUGAUGGAUCCUCCAUACGCAGGACGUGCACCAAAAACUGGUUACGCUUACGAUAGACCAGGAAAUCCGUUGAAAAUCGUCACCAUUGAUCAAUCGAAAAUCGAACCAACUACCAAGAGAACGAAAAUCAAAUUUUCCAAUUAUCUAGAUCGGUUCCCAUCUGAUGAAGAGUUCCGUUCGACGACACCAGUAACUCCGUUGGUGCCAACAGCCAGGAGACCUCCAAAAACAGAAUAUUACACAUCCACUUCAGCACCACCAGCUGCUUCGGUAUUCAAUACACCGGGACAUACAGCCGGAGUUGAUACGAUAAAGGCGACUUAUUACUUCUACGAAGAGCCAGAAUUUCCCAAGACUAAAACGCCAGCCAUUACCAAUACUGGCUACACGAGUCAACCGUUCAGCACAACGACUCCUUUACCAAUCAAAAACUACAACAACGAUUUUAAUUCUAACGCAGCGGCGGUCGCAGCAAUAAAAUCCGAACUCCCCGAAAAACCUCAAUUGCAGGUAGUAAAUCACGAAUCAAAACGUAAACCUAUUACGCCGAUGAUACCGAUCUACUAUUUAGCUGAAUUGGAAAACAUUGUAGAUCUCAUUAAACCGAUGAAUUUACCAUAUCAAAGCAAUAAAAAUGCUUAUUACACGACUACCUCAAAACCAACAUACUCAGUGGGUAAACCGAACUACGAUAGGCCAACACCUCGACCUAUAUUCGAGUACAGCUACGUAGCAUCUGACUACAGCGGACCCACCAAUCAGCUAGCUCAAUCAACUCCGCAACCAUACCAGGAUCCGUAUCCUUCGCAUUUCAACUACAAUCCAUAUUAUCCUCAACAGCCAUAUCAACCGAUCUACAACCCUAUCGACUACUCGAAACCAAUUCAGACGACAAUCGCACCCUUACUCAACUCCAUAUUCAGCGAUAAACCGCUAUUCUCCUCAAAUGGUGCUCAGUACCAAUUCCCUCAACAUGGUCAAAAAGCAACCAACGAUUACGAUUCUUUCGAUCGUCCAUGGGUACCGAAUACACAAUACAGUCAACUUAGCUACCCAACGGACAAUCCUUACUACGCGUUCUUCACCAAAGAAGAGGAAGACCUUAUCGACGAAAAUACCAAGAAAUACUUCACUAUAUUUGGCCAAAAAAUCAGAAACGUCGAUUCGACGACGCCGAUACCAAUACAAACGGCGUCGUCGACUACGACAACUCGAUGGAAUCACGAUCGGGAUCGGGAUCGAGAUCGUGGUCGCGAUCGCGAUCGUCAGAGCACCGUUAAGUACUCGAAGCCAAGUACGCAAGCUAGUCAACCUAUUACAUCUAAUUAUCUAAACAGGCCCAACAACUACGGUCUAAAUUACUACACCUCCACUGUGCCUUACACACCCGAAUACACGACCGUAAAAUCGCGUUAUCAACAUCCGAACAGCGUUAGCAGUACCUCCACCGCCGCCGCUGUCGCAUCGACGACCUCCCAUCAAACCAACGUCGGCGCACCGGCAGAAUCUCAAAAAUUACCCAUAUCGCUCGAAGGUGAUACAUUAGUCAAUUACGUAACUCCUCUGGCUCAAGAUCCGGACGCCGAGUACAUAACGCCUAAACUUUCAAAGCAACAUAUACGUCCUAUUGUCGUCGAAGAUCUACCACCAGAUGUCAAUGAACGUUUGAAAAAUCUAAUGAAUUCGCCCAAAUACUUGGACAGGUUCAAACCCAAACAAGUCAUUCCCAGCAGCUCUACUAAUCGAUAUAGAUAUCUUUUAAUCGAUGAUCAACGACAACAGCAACAACAAGAACAACACGAAACCAAUAACGAUAAAGACCCUUACGAAAAUUUCGAUUACCAACAACCCUAUCAAAAUACCGAGCUAACCCAAAGUUCGACUCCGAUAUCGCUCGAAAGCGACAUCUUAGUUAAUUAUCAAGGUUCCAAGUUGCCCAUUAAUCCAAACGCUGAGUACAUUGAUUCUCCCUCAUCGACUCAAAAGCUUCGCGAGAAAGAAGACGAAAGUUACCCAAUUGGUGACCAAUCGUCUCAAAAACCUAAAUCAAUCUCUUUACAUAACGAUAUCCUAGUCAACUACCAAAAUAAAGAGCAGCUUACCAUUAAUCCGGAAGCUGAAUAUAUAGACACCAACGACAACGAAAAAACUACCUCGAACAAUGCCGCCGCUGCUGCUGCUGCCGGUGCUACCAACACCAAUAACGCUGUCUCGUACAAAUACCCCGCAGUGGAGCACGGUCACUUUUAUUUUCUCACGCCUCAAGAAACGCAUUUAACACAACUCGAAAACGAAAGUUAUAAUUUUCAGUCGGACGUUGAAAAACCUGGCGGCUAUUUCAAAAGAAAACCGCGAAAAGAUCAAAGUAUCGAAAAUACAACCGUCAAGAGCCGGUAAAUAAAAUGUAAAAAUAUAGUUUUGCCCCUGUCCCCCUUAGCCCUUCUUUUUUCUCUUGUAUAUAUUGUUUCCUAUAUUUUAUUUAUAUGUAUGUGUUUGUAAUGUACGUGUGCGAGUAUGUGUCAUUUAUUUUAAAAUAUUUGGCGACAAGUAUUUUUAUCAAUAGGUACAAUGUCUCCAAUUGUGAUCAUAAUAUUUAAUUACGUUUCUUUUUUCUUUUUUUAUUAAAAAUACUUAUGUUAAGCUAUUAAUUUACACAAUUUUGUUAUUACUCAGUUUAAUUUAUUUUCUUUUUUUUUUUUUCGUGUUUAUUUUGUAUAAGUGGAGUCGUUGAUGAACUAUUUUGAAAAUUUUUGUGUUUUUUUUUUCGUUUUUCAAUUUUAUUAUAAUUACAUAAAUUUAUGCAUGUACCUACAUUGAGGACUCCACUUAUCGCAGAGGUAUUUAUUUUUCUAACGAUUAUUAUUCGAUUGGAUUUUUUUUCAAAAUCAAAAGAAAAAAAUUACCAUUGAUUUGAUAUAUUUCUUAAUUCUUAUCAUGCAUGUACAGUGGAUGUAUCUAUUAAGCCUGCCUACGAUUAUUAGAACUUUGACGGAAGAUGCAUCUAUGUACUAUCCAUCUACUAUGUAGUUCCUGAAAAUGAAGUUACAAACAGGUAAUCGCAAAAUAUUCGUAUUCUCGUUCACUUUCCAAGUCUGCACUAAAUACAUAUACGCUUAAAGCAGUACCUAACCUAAAAUAUCGUGAAAACAUCCUGAUGAAUCGCUUAGCGUAAAACAAUCCAAAUCAUACCAAUCGUUACAAAUUUGAAAUUAGUUCCGGUUUUGUUCAUCAACACUACAUAUAGUACAGGGUGUUUUGUAGGUGACCUACCUCCUUCCACCAGGUAAGUAGACAACAUAUGCUGAGCACAACUACGUAUGUUUGCCGACCUUUUGAAUUGAAGGGGCAAACUGA